GCGUGCGCGCGCGCGGCGGCCCCGAAAGCGGCGCUGGAGCCUGAGGCGGCUCGGCUGAGGCGGCUCCUCCCCGCUCCCGCUCCCGCUCCCGCAGCCCGUUGCCCGCUCCUCCUCCCGGCCCGCCAGCCCAGGCCGCUCCCCGGGCCCGAAGAUGCCGGCCGUGUCCAAGGGGGACGGGAUGCGGGGCCUGGCGGUCUUCAUCUCGGACAUCCGCAACUGCAAAAGUAAAGAAGCUGAAAUAAAGAGAAUAAACAAAGAGCUGGCAAACAUUAGGUCAAAAUUUAAAGACAAGACAGACAACCUUUGCACGCAGUGCGAGCCCUGCGUCCCUCCGCUUGGCCGCCUCCCCGGCCCCCGCAGGCCCGGAGCUGCUCUCUGCCGCCGGAGUUCUGCCGUUUCUGGGAAUCUCACGGGGAAGGAGCGUGUGGUGAGGCCUUCGCGGUCUGCUGUCUGUGACUUGGCGUGGCGCUUCCGGGCUUUGCCCACGGCACUGGCCUGCUCACCAGGGUGCACGUCUGGGCUGUUUCUGUGCUGCCUGCCGGCUGGAGCUGCUGUGAACUGGCACAUGGGGCUUGGCGUCACUCCUGGGACGCGCGCGUCUGACCUGUUGAGGAUGCGCCGUGUCGUCGGGGGGCUGUCCUGUUUUGUGCCCCCAGCAGCCGUGUUGAGUCCGCAGCCCUCCACAGUCAGCCCUGCCAGAGCUGGGCGUGGUUCGUCUUUUAAACCGUAGUUUUUCUAGUGGGUGUGCAGUGGUGCCUCCCUGUGCUUUUAAUUUGCAUCCCCCACCCCUUUUUGGUCUUUUUGUCUUUUUAGGGCCACACCUGUGGCAUGUGGAGGUUCCCAGGGGAGGGGUCUAAUCGGAGCUGCAGCUGCCGGCCCACACCACAGCCACGCCAGAUCCGAGCCGCGUCUAUGACCUAGACCACAGCUCACGGCAACGCCAGAUCCUUAACCCACUGAGCGUGAGGCCAGGGAUCGAACCCGCAACCUCAUGGUUCUUAAUCGGAUUUGUUUCCACGGCGCCACGAUGGGAACUCCUCGUUUCCUUUUCUUAAAGAGCUGGAUUCAGUAAGUGCUGGGGCGAGUCAAGAGGACGCCCCAGGUCUGUGGGGCUCCUGGGGAGGGAAGAGUUAGGCCUCUGGUGUGAGCAGUUCUAGAGCCUCUCCUGGCUGAGGUGGGGCUGGAGGGAGGCUCGGAGUCGGCUCUUACCUGGCCGAGCAUCACAGGAUGCUCGGGGAGCGCCCAGCUCCGGGAGAGAAGGGUGAGACGGGGCUCAGGGGAGCGUCGCCCAGGAGGACUGGUCUCUGGAGCUUGGGCGCACUUCCCGAGGGACAGAAGGUGGGGGCUGCAGCUGCAGGGGAACCUGUGGGCUCUUCCCGGCCUCUUACUUGUCAGGGUCUGCCUGGGGGUGGUCGGGUCCAGGUCUCGCAGUGGGCUGGGAGCCCGCCCCCGUGGAGGCAGGAGGCUGGAGACCUGCGUGUCGCAGGCCACAGCUGUCGCACGAGGCUCCUGUCCUUAAGGCACAGAGGGCGAGCCCAUGUCUCACGAGGCUUCCUGGGUCAUGAACAGAGCUUCUGGAUGCCAGGCUGGGCUGGCGACCCUUCUCUGCCCUAAAGAGCAGUUACCUUGGGCUGCCUUGGCCACAGCCGCUGGCGGAAGGGAUGGGUGAGGGCCCGAGAGGCGUGAGUGGCUCAGGCAGGAGGGGCAAGUGCCGGUGGCGCUUGCAGGGCUGGCCUGGCUCUGAUGCAGUUGGCAGGCGAUGGAAGGGCACCUGUCCUCCCCUCCAGCCGCCACUGGAGGACAAGGGGGCACGUUUCCCUUCUGUGCCAGCCCUGAGGGGCGCAGGCAGGAGCCCCGGUCCUCUGUUGGGGUGAACGUGUGGUCUGUGGCCUUUCCUACCUGCUCCCCUGGGACCUUCCCAGCAGUCAGGGGUGUGGGUGUCACUGUCUUCAUCCCCCUGGCAAAUAGAAGGGCCUCGGUGCAGCAGUGGGGAUGACCGGAAUCUCAACAGCCCUGGCCCACACCAGACCGGCGGAGGGUGGCCUCGCUCAGGGGUGCCAGGGCGGGCCAUACCGAGGGCAAGGGGGACGGCGCUGUGAGGAGCUGCUGCACUGCCUCGAGGGUGCAGGACCAGCAGCAGGUGGCCCCAGAGGAUGGAUUUGCAGUCGCCUCCUUGGAGCCCGGGGGCAGCUCAGAGAAGCCAGGGUGCAGGCCACAUUAGGUGGGCGGCUGGAAGGGAGAGGCUUCUGCGGGGUCACUCGAGCAGGUGAGAAGCGCUUGAGACCAGGAGGGUCCUGCGGGGACAGGUGCCAGGGGAGGGGCCAGCUGCGCGUUGGCCGCCUCUGCCAGGCCUGGGGAGAGCAGGCCUGGGCCAGGCGUCCUUGGGGGCUGUGGCUUCUCUCCGCUUGUGCUGGGUUGUGGCCCAGACAUACCAGUUUCCCUGUCUGUCCCCUUUGUGGGUACAGCACACCCCUUCCACCCCCCCCCCGAGCUUGUGCUCCUUAGGGCCUGGCUUCAGCCAGGGUCACCUGUCACCUCCUCUCUGGGCUGGGACCUGGGUUGGUCCCUGACUCUGCGAGGUACUUGUGAGGUUCCCAGAUGGCCUCAUGGCAUUGGCUUCCCCCCCAGGUCCCGGCAGCGCCCCCCCCACAACGUCCGGCCCAAGGCUCUUAGCUGCUCUCCCCGAGCCGUGGGCCUGACUCUCCAGUGUGCUCGGCCCUCAGAUGCUGCCUCUGGUGUCCCCAGCGCCCAGCCUUAGGGGCUGUGGGAGGGACCCUGCGUCGGGUCCUGCAGCACCUGGCCCGGAAGACGGCCAGCCUCCCAGGCGGUCCCCUCUGUUGUUGGCUAGACAAGUCCCGCACUUCCCGGGGGAAAUGACAGCUUCUGGUAUUGGAGACAGCAUUGCUCAGCUGUCCUUUUGUGGGUUUUUUUUUUUGCUUUUUAGGGCCACAUUCGUAGCAUAUGGAAGUUCCCAGGCUAGGGGUCGAAUCAGAGCUGCCCUUGCCGGCCUGCACCACAGCCACAGCAACCCUUGGAUCUGAGCCAUGUUUGCGGCUCACAGCAACGCCGGGUCCUUUACCCGCUGAGCGAGGCCAGGGAUCGAACCCGUGUCCUCGCGGUUCCUCGUUGGGCUCGGUAACUGCUGAGCCACGACGAGAAGCCUGAUCUGCCUGUUCGCAAGCACUUAAAAGGCCAAGUUCCCGGGCCAGACAGGGUGGCCCGGCAGGGGCAUGGGCAGUUGGAGUGAGGCCGCCUGCCUGCAUCUGCCCGGGUCCGUCUGGGGGCGGGCCUCCUGCCGUCGGGUGGGCGUCCGGACUGGUGGCGUGCGGGGACACGUUGGGACUCCACCGUGCACGCCGCCGUGUGCUGGCUGGGCUGGCGCUGUGUCCCACCGCCUGCCUCCUGCUCCGCCCGCCCCUGCCCGCAGGUGACAAGGCUCUGGACGGCUACAGCAAGAAGAAGUACGUGUGCAAGCUGCUCUUCAUCUUCCUGCUGGGCCACGACAUCGACUUCGGCCACAUGGAGGCCGUGAACCUGCUGAGCUCCAACAGAUACACCGAGAAGCAGAUUGUGAGUGGCGGCCGCGGCGCUCGGCCCUGCCCCCGGGGCCCCCUGAGAAGGGGCCGUUUUUUUCUUGCCUUUUUUUGGUCUCUUUAGGGCCGCCCCUGCGGCACAUGGACGGUCUCAGGUGAGGGGUCCCAUUGGAGCCGCAGCCACCGGCCUGCGCCACAGCCACGCGGGAUCCGAGCCGCGUCUGUGGCCUACAGCACAGCUCCCGCAACGCCGGAUCCUUAACCCACUGAGCGAGGCCCGGGAUCGAACCUGUGUCCGAAGUCAGAUUCGUUCGGCUGAGUCCCGACAGGAACUCCUUUUCUUGCUUUUUGCUUCCACCUUCCACCGAGUCGGGGUUCCUGUGGGUUUGGGUGGGCGCGGCCCGGACCCAGCAGGUCCCACAUGACGCGUGCCGGUCCCCACGAGGCCUGCCCCCGAGGGAGGGGCCGGCGUCCCUCCCCCCGUGCCUUCGCCGGCACCUCACAGCCCCGCUCCCCUUGUGGCCCCUCGUGCAACUUGUUUUCGCAGCGGGCGCCGCAGCCGCACGGUUUAGAGGCCAAAGGCAGGCGGCCGCGCCUCCACUGCCGUGCCUUCCCAGGCGGGACCGGUGCCGGGCAGCUGUGGCCCUCGCAGGCUGGGUGACGUCGGCCCUGCGUCCUCUUGGAGUAGGAUGAUUUCUGGGUUUUCUUGAGUGUUAGAGAGUAACAUUUUCCUCCCAUUUGUCCACAAACUUAACUUACAGAAACGGAAAAGAUACCCCAGGUGCCCCCGGAAUUUUGUGAAGUAUUAGUACUUGCUCAGCAGGAUUUAUUUUGCUGUGGAGCCUGCAGUGUGCCGGGGGGUCCCGGGGGCGCGUGGGUCCUGCUCUUCUGCGGUGGGGAGACGGCAUCACCCCAGGCGGGAGGCCGGGGCUGUGGCCGGUGCCCAGCGAAGGACGCGCCUACAGCUCCCCGGGCCCUGAGAAGCGGGAGGCGGUAGGGAGGGCUCCCUGGGCUGAGACGGGACGCGGGGUGGACGAGGCGGGCGGGGGCAGAGAAGGACAGCCAGAGGUAGAGCAGGGUGGGAACUCGGAGGAGGCGGCGAGCUCCCUGGCCCGCUUUUCUCCCGAGACCCCUGGGGGCUGAGAAUUCAGUGUCCCGGCGUGGGGGUGACGCAGUCUGGAACCCGGGGAAGCCGGGGCCAGAGGCGGAUUCAUGAGAGAGGGAAGGCGGCCGGCAGCUGCGUUUCUGGACGUCCCGCAGUUGCUGCGUGACAGCCGAGGCCCCUCCCCAGGCUGCUCGGGACGGCGGUGCGCGCAGGUCACCGGCGAGACGCGCGUGGGGCCGGGGGACCGAGGUGGCUGAUCCCGUGCGGACAGCGCCUCGGUGCCUCUUGGGCUCGUCCCCAGACCUUCCCCGGCGGGAGGAAGGCGGACGGGCCCGCAGGGCAGCCUGGAAGCAGCCAGCGCGCUGUGGGCCGAGCCUCUGUCCUGUCUCCGCACCCAGGGCUACCUCUUCAUCUCCGUGCUGGUGAACUCCAACAGCGAGCUCAUCCGCCUGAUCAACAAUGCCGUCAAGAACGACCUGGCCAGUCGCAACCCCACCUUCAUGGGCCUGGCCCUGCACUGCAUCGCCAACGUGGGCAGCCGCGAGAUGGCCGAGGCCUUUGCCGGGGAGAUUCCGAAAAUCCUUGUAGCCGGAGACACCAUGGACAGCGUGAAGCAGAGCGCGGCCCUGUGCCUGCUGCGCCUGUACAGGACGUCCCCCGACCUCGUCCCCAUGGGCGACUGGACGUCCCGCGUGGUGCACCUUCUCAACGACCAGCACUUGGGGGUGGUCACUGCGGCCACCAGCCUCAUCACCACCUUGGCGCAGAAGAACCCGGAGGAGUUCAAGACCUCUGUCUCGCUGGCCGUCUCUAGGCUGAGCAGAAUCGUGACGUCGGCCUCCACGGACCUCCAGGACUACACGUACUACUUCGUGCCGGCCCCCUGGCUGUCCGUGAAGCUGCUGAGGCUGCUGCAGUGCUACCCGCCCCCAGAAGACCCUGCCGUGCGAGGCCGCCUGACCGAGUGCCUGGAGACGAUUCUGAACAAAGCCCAGGAACCGCCCAAGUCCAAGAAGGUGCAGCACUCCAACGCCAAGAACGCCGCGCUCUUCGAGGCCAUCAGCCUCGUCAUCCACCAUGACAGUGAGCCCAACCUGCUCGUCCGCGCGUGUAACCAGCUGGGCCAGUUCCUGCAGCACCGGGAAACCAACCUGCGCUACCUGGCCCUGGAGAGCAUGUGCACCCUGGCCAGCUCCGAGUUCUCCCACGAGGCCGUGAAGACACACAUCGAGACGGUCACCAACGCCCUGAAGACGGAGCGGGACGUCAGCGUGCGGCAGCGGGCCGUGGACCUGCUCUAUGCCAUGUGCGACCGCAGCAACGCCCAGCAGAUCGUGGCCGAGAUGCUGAGCUACUUGGAGACGGCCGACUACUCUAUUCGAGAGGAGAUUGUGCUGAAGGUGGCCGUCCUGGCGGAGAAGUACGCCGUGGACUACACGUGGUACGUGGACACCAUCCUCGGCCUGAUCCGCGUCGCCGGCGACUUCGUGAGCGAGGAGGUCUGGUACCGCGUCAUCCAGAUCGUCGUCAACCGGGACGACGCGCAGGGCUACGCCGCCAAGACCGUGUUUGAGGCCCUCCAGGCCCCGGCGUGCCACGAGAACCUGGUCAAAGUGGGUGGCUACGUCCUGGGGGAGUUUGGGAACUUGAUAGCGGGAGACCCCCGAUCCAGCCCGCUGAUCCAGUUUAACCUGCUGCACUCCAAGUUCCACCUCUGCAGCGUCCCCACCAGGGCGCUGCUUCUGUCUACGUACAUCAAGUUCGUGAACCUCUUCCCGGAGGUGAAGGGCACCAUCCAGGACGUGCUGCGCAGCGACAGCCAGCUGCGCAACGCCGACGUGGAGCUGCAGCAGCGGGCCGUGGAGUACCUGCGGCUCAGCACCGUGGCCAGCACCGACAUCCUGGCGACCGUCCUGGAGGAGAUGCCCCCGUUCCCGGAGCGCGAGUCCUCCAUCCUGGCCAAGCUCAAGAGGAAGAAGGGCCCGAGCACGGUGACAGACCUGGAGGAGGCCAAGCGGGACAGGGGCGCCGACGUCAACGGGGGCCCCGAGCCUGCCCCGGCCAGCGCCAGCGCUGCGUCCACACCAUCGCCGUCAGCGGACCUCCUGGGGCUGGGGGCCGCGCCCCCGGUCCCCGCGGGGCCCCCCCCCUCCUCUGGCGGGCUGCUCGUGGACGUGUUCUCAGACUCACCCUCUGCUGUCGCGCCCCUGGCUCCGGGCUCCGAGGACAACUUUGCCAGGUUUGUCUGUAAGAAUAACGGAGUCUUGUUCGAAAACCAGCUGCUUCAAAUUGGACUGAAGUCCGAGUUUCGGCAGAACUUGGGUCGCAUGUUCAUCUUUUACGGAAACAAGACCUCCACGCAGUUCCUGAGCUUCACGCCCACGCUCGUCUGCUCCGACGGCCUCCAGGCCAAUCUGAGCCUGCGGACCCAGCCCGUGGGCCCCACCGUGGACGGGGGCGCACAGGUGCAGCAGGCCGUCAACAUAGAGUGCCUGUCCGACUUCGCAGAGGCGCCCGUGCUCAGCGUCCAGUUCAGGUACGGGGGAACCUUUCAGAACGUGUCCGUUAAGCUGCCAAUCACACUCAACAAAUUUUUCCAGCCCACAGAGAUGGCUUCUCAGGAUUUCUUCCAACGUUGGAAGCAGCUGAGCAGUCCCCAGCAGGAGGUGCAGAGCAUCUUCCGAGCGAAGCACCCGAUGGACACGGAGGUCACCAAAGCCAAGAUUAUUGGCUUUGGCUCUGCACUCCUGGAGGACGUGGAUCCGAACCCUGCAAACUUUGUGGGUGCAGGCAUCAUACACACCAAAACCAGCCAGAUUGGGUGCCUGCUGCGUUUGGAGCCAAAUCUGCAAGCCCAGAUGUACCGACUCACGCUGAGGACGAGCAGAGAGACGGUCUCGCAGAGGCUGUGCGAACUGCUCUCAGAACAGUUUUAAUCAGCGAGGACAGAGGGUCGGGCCGGCUCUGCAUUUUUCUUUGUCUCCACCCCGUCUUCGUGCUGCGAGUAAACACCUCGUCUAGUGUCGCAGCCCAGGCCCUCCCCGCUGCCGCGGCCCGUCCCCGACGGGGCGGGUGGGAUCCUGUGCGGUUGACGAAGAGACCCCUCGGCCUGGACUCAGCCGGCUGCCAGCCAGGACGAGGGGCACGGAUCCUGGGGUGGACUUUGAUGGAAAUCAGGACAGUUCUGGGGUUAAAUCUACAAAUUAAAGGGAAAUUAGAAGUUUGAAAAUGAGAA